CGGGAGGUGGUUGUCAGGGGAGUAUGUUUACACACUUCCUCUAGAAACGUCAAACACGGCUGUGCAGUACCGCGGAUCACAACCAGAACCAGACGAUGUCCACAGCGGCCAAAUUAACUUUCCUUUCUGCAUGUGUUGCGAGUGGUGGCCUCAUAGCGUACGUACACUACAGCCAGGCAGCCGAUCGGGAACGUUUGCACGAAGGAGUACGACGGGAUGUUGAAAGGCAACGAUUGAAGGAGCUUGCGGGUGCAGGGAACGAAAUGGCAACGAGCGGCUCCAUUGGUACGGCGAGAAAAGAGCUCCAACAGUAACCUGUGGCAAGCUAUUCCGGUAGUCGAAGCUUUACACUUGGGAAUAAAACUGUAUCAUCAACUAGAAUGUAUUUUAGUUAGGAUAUUCGUAGAUUUAAAUAAACUCAGC